GGACAUAAAUACGAGUGCUCGUGGAAAUUCCUCUCAGCGACGACGUCAGGCAGCGACUGCGCGACAUCUUUAUCCGAAGUAUCUACGGACACUUGUUCGGUUUUACUCCAUUUCAGAGAGCUUCAGAAAAGCCUGCGAUGUUUCCCGAAUCUUCAACAGAAUAUGGUUAUGAGGCCUGCAAGGCUACGGCUGACUGGCUGCUGGAUCAGGCUCCCGUGCGCCCCCUGGUGGGCAUCGUGUGCGGCUCAGGCCUUGGCGGCCUCGCUGACAUGCUGAAGGAUCAGAAGGUUUUUAGUUACAGCGAUAUCCCCAACUUUCCAAAAAGCACAGUGCAUGGUCAUGCUGGUCGGUUGGUGUUUGGUACUCUUAAAGGAAAGCCAUGUGUUUGCAUGCAGGGACGGUUCCACCUCUAUGAAGGAUAUCCCAUCCAAAAGAUCACCAUGCCCAUGCGCAUCUUUAAGCUGAUGGGUGUUGAGACGGUCAUCUUGACGAAUGCCGCAGGAGGACUGAACCAAGACUACAAAGUUGGAGAUGUCAUGAUAAUCAAAGAUCACAUCAACAUGCCAGGUUUCGCUGGAAACAAUCCCUUGUGUGGACAAAACGAUGAGAGGUUUGGGAUUCGUUUCCCGUGCAUGUCGGACGCCUAUGACAGGCAGAUCAGGCACCUGGCUCAAGAAGUGGGCGCAGAGCUUGGCUACUCUCACUUCCUUAAGGAGGGUGUGUACUGUGUGCUCGGCGGGCCGUCCUUCGAAACCAUCGCUGAAUGCAGAAUGCUUAACCGUUUGGGUGCUGAUGCUGUGGGAAUGAGCACAGUCCAUGAGGUGAUAGUGGCCCGCCACUCUGGAAUGCGAGUCUUUGCCCUCUCCCUUAUAACCAACAAGGCUGUGAUGGACUACGACAGUGAAGAGAGGGCCAACCACGAGGAGGUUCUGCAGACGGGAGAGCAGCGCUCCCAGCAGCUGGUAAAGCUGGUCUCCACCAUCGUGUCUCGCAUCACCCAGCCUAAUGACAUCUAACACUGAGUUGACUAUAAACAGAGCCACACUCCUUUCUAUAUUUAUAUCAUCCUUGUACAACAAGCAUCCUGCUAUGAUGAUCUGAAUAUUGCACUCCUGCCUACUUGCCUGUAAAAUAUUAAAAUGGUUUAAUACGUAUCAUUAGACCUUGCUUAUACUGUACUUUUAAAUGUUUACAUUCCUAAGGAAAAGAGUUUGGAGAGAAUGCGUUCAAUGUCUUAAAGUAAAUAUGAUGCACUAAUGCACACUGAACGGGGUGUGUGUUGCCAAUUAAUGUAGAAAUACUGUUUAAUUUGAUACUAACUUGUCAUUUCAACCAGACUAUUUAUUAGAUGUCUUAAAAGACCGCUCUGUAACUUAAGUUGAGUAGUGAUGAAGGCUGAAAUGUUAUUUUAUUUAUUUUUUUUCCUCAAUAACUAAAGUUAUUGGAUGCUAUUGGAUGAUAUCUGCCAGUGGUAGCUUUUAAAACCAUAUGUGAGUAAACACAUUAAGUUAAAUAUUUUUUAUAAAGAUUAUGUUGUAUCUGAUAUUAAAACCAGCAAUGUAAUGUGGACCAAUCAGGACCAUUUUGUAAAGCAUAUAUUAAAUUCACAAAUCUAAAAUAAAAUAAAAUAAAUGACAAUCA